UUAUAGUUUUUCAAAAAUUUAUAUGAAUAGUCACAACUUUUUCAGAUUUGUAGAAAAUUAUUUUAAAAUAGUAACUUUACAAUUUAUUAUGAAUAUGCACAUAGUUACUAAAAUAUACUUUAUUGCAUAAUAAAAAGAUACAACUCUUAAAUUAAUAUAUAUAUUUAGAAAGACACUUUUUGGAGUACUUAACAUCUUUUAAAAAGCUAAUUUCUCUUUUAGAAUGAAAAACACACAACUUUUAGAAUUAAUAUAUUUUAAAAAAUAAAAAAUGAAAACACACAACUUCGACUUUUGACAUUACAAUGAACUGACACACAACUAAAGAUACAUACACACAUCAUAUAAUAAUUUGAAAAUCUUUUAAAACUAUUUUCGGUUGCAUAACUUAAAGACACAACCUUUCAUAUUUUGCACUACAAGAAACAUGGGUGAAAGCCGACUACCAUUUCUGAGAACAGAGGUUGUCGAAAAAUUAUCAACGACACACCGUCAACGUCGCGAGGAAUGAAAACUUUCUCGGUAUCUUCUCAGAAAUUUCGGACAAAACUAUUAUCUCCGUAUGUUCUGGGAAAGUUUCGUCAGCAUUUUGUCAGGUAAAGGCAAAAACUUUCGAGAAACAUAAAUCAUGGCAUUUAAUCACAUUUCUUGUCGGAAUUUCUUGGAACUUAACGGUGGUACGUUAUUCUCGGUGAUUCGUUGUACAUUUCAUCGGAAACUCGUCAAAACUGUUGAGUAUUACACGAGAAAACAUUCCAUAUCUGAAACUUAACCUCUUCUCUCUUAUCUUUUUCUUCUUAUCUCUCUUCUCCUAUCUUCUCUUCUCUCUAUUCUCUUCGUUUUGUCUUUCGGCUCUGUUUUUCCAUGAUCAACACUUCACAAAAUAUGUUUUUCUCUUAACCACCGUGAAACUCUUUUUGCCACGCCUCACCCUCUUGCUCCGCCGUCGGCCUACCUGCUUGCACUGCCGCUAUACCUCCUUACACCACCACCACUCCUCCUUGCUCUGCACCGGCCCACCGCCGCUACACCUCCUUGCACCACUACAAUCCUUGCUCGGUUGCUCCGCCACCGGCUCACCUGCUUGAACUGCCGCUACACAUCCUUGUUCCACCACCGCCCCUCCUUGCUCCUUUCAUUGACGCCACACCUCCUUGGACCACCACCGUAACUCAUUCCACUGCUACUACCUUUGCCGCUCACUCCACCACUACCAUCAUCAGUACAACCACUAUUUUUGCUUUAAUUUUUUAUAAAUAUACUAAGUUGUCGGAAAUCCAUUGGUCUUGAUUUCUCGUACGUUUCUUGCAAAUUCCGAUCAUUUUCCUACAAACAUUUCCGACAAUGAUUGUCAAUUUUUCAUCCACUUACCGUUAACUUUCCGACAGAUGAUGAUUUGAAACACUCAAACUCAGACAAACCUCUGAUCCUUGGAAAACAAUAGAAAACAUUAUUCCGACCCAUUCCUGACUAAUAUGGCUGUCGGCUUUCACCCUUGUUUGUUGUAGUAUUUAGGAUUAUUAUAGCGUUUGCUAUGUAGUCCACGGUUAUUAGAAAGUGUUCAAAUUCUAAUACAUUUGAUGGUGAACCUUGUUAUAUUAGGAAACGUUUAGCAUAAUGUCCUAUAUAUAGGAGAUGUAUGUGAGUUGGGAGCUAAGACAUAUACUGCGUUGUCAUAAAUUUCCAUCCCAAUAAUACAUCAAAAUUGCAUUUGUUCUUCGCAAGUUCGGACACGCUGUUGUUGCUCUACACGGUUGUUUACAAACGGAGAUUUGUUUUAAACUAAUGCAAUUAUUAUAUAAAAUGAAAAAAAAAACACAUUGCGAAUGCAACUUUAAAAUGAAAACAGUACACAAAUUAGUGAAGACCUUAUGAAUGUGACCUAUUUAUAGUUUUUCUUAAAUCUAUAAGAAUAGUCACAACUUUUCAAUUUUAAAAAGAUACGUAUGAUUGGUUACAACUUACCAAUAGUCACAGCCUUUCAACAUAAUUAGAAUUUACAACCUUUGGAAUUAAUUGGGACUGCUAUUAUUAGUAGAUUUAUAGUAAAAUUAUCCAACUUAUUGUAUUUCGAGUAAUUUCUCAUCUUUACUUGAAAUUAUUUUAAUGAAAUUAUUGUCAUCUUUACUACAAAAUUAUUUUGAAGUACAAUGUAUUAUAGUUUAAAGAAAAACAUUUUUUGUUGUUUAAACAGUAUCUCAAAUUUUCUCUUCUCAACUAUAUAGGUCCAAGUUAAUUUACUUCCAUAUAAAUUUUAAGUUUAGAAAAAAUAUGUAAACUAUACGUAAUAAUGCUUUCAAAAUAAUUUUUGUUACAAAAAUACAAAAUUUAUAGUAAUAAUAUAUAAGCCAUAUAAAAAUGGGUAUUAUAAAGCUAUAUAAUAUAUAACACUAAAUUGCAUUAAGUUACCGAUAAAUUUUGUUAUAUAAACUAAAAUAUUUUAUUAUAGAAAGAAAAACCGCACAGAUGUGCGAGUCAAGAACUAGUUUUGUAGUUGUUGUAUUUACUGUAUUGAUUAUUUUAUUUUUUUCACUACAAUUUUAUUUAUUGGAAUUAAGAUAAUAUAAAAUUUGGUAAAGUCACAGACCAUUGCACAUCCGUUGACCAUCAUGCCGCGGCAAUCUUUUCUUCACUUGUGAUGCCAAUUGCCAAUGUUGACAAAGCCUCAACAUUUUAUACUUCAUUGUAGUGUAACUAUUUCGUUUUUAUUCUCAUUACAUUUUAUUAGUUUUAAGAAAUCAUGCGAAAACCAAAUCCUUAUGUUUCUAUGUUAAUUCUGUUAUGAAAAAUACGUUUGUUUUGUGCAUGUCUUGAUAUGUUUUGUAAUCAAAUUCAGUUUAUGGUGGUAAAAAUAUCUCUUAGGUUUAAGUUGAUGCCUAGUCGAACUAAUCUAAUAAACAUUGGAAAAUUGUUAAACCAUUUGAACUAAAAAGGAAAGAAAGAAAAUUAAACACCGAUCAGGUCAGACUACUAAUUAGAAACCGUUUUCACAGUUACACACCUCCAUUAUACUCUUUCUGUUUCAUAUUACUCGUCGUUAUAGAGUAAAAUUUUUGUUACAAAAUAAAUGUUGUUUUAUAAUUUCAAUGCAAAAUUUAAUGAUUUUAUAUUUUAUCUACUUUUCAAUUGGUUGAAAUAUGGUUAGGUGUAUUGGUAAUGAUGUUUUUAUCUAGUAAAUAUACAAAAUUAAUUAUUUUUUUAAUUUGUGUGCUGAAUUUUAAAACGAUAACUAAUCUGUAACGGAUGGAGUAAUAAACAAUUAAGCAUUAUUUCCAUCUCUUCACCUGCCCUGGUAAAAGUCAAAGUAAUUAACAAGCAUAAAACAUAGAAGUUAUCUUAGAGUAUUAGUCUAUUAGAUAUACAUCAAGGAACAUAAAAUUCUAACGAUUUGUAUAGCUUGUGUACUUUUGAGUUUCUACUAAAUAAUAAUUUUAAAAACAUACAAAAUUAUAUGGUUUUUUUUUUUUUUGAAACACAAAAGUAUAUGGUAAGAUUUGAAGAAAUUGUCUUGCAUUUUUAAUACUUCUAAAAUUGUGUAGUCAAAUCAAUAGUCUUAAAUUUAUUUAGAAAAUGGACAGUGUUAUUAAUUUACGGCUCUAUGUUCUGACCCUUUCGCCUAAUUGACUUUGUAAAACAGAUUAAAAUAAAAUUACUGCAAAGAAGUGUGUAUUCGGUUCCCAAAAACUGUUUUGCAAGUGUUAAUACUUGCCCAUAAAAUAACUCCAAUGUAAACAGUGAAGUGUACUAUAUAUAUCCUCAUUUGGAACCCACAAAUCAUAUCCAACCAAGAAAAAGUAUGAAGAUCUCUUCUCAAACCCUAGUUUUCGUGACUAUAGCACUUGUCCUAGCUUUUGCAGUUCCUCUGAAAGCCCAAGAGAGUCAACAAGAUUACCUCGAUGUGCACAACCGUGCUCGUCCUGCUGUUGGUGUGGGUCCUUAGGCUAUAAGAUGGCAUGCGGAUGUGGCGGCAUACGCCCGACAAUAUGCUCUGCGAAUGCGAGGGGACUGUCGUCUCAUUCACUCAGGCGGACGUUACGGCGAAAACUUGGUAGGAAGCACUGGUGAUCUGUCUGGAGCUGACGCAGUGAGGUUGUGGGUCAACGAGAAGAAAGACUACUUCUACAAUUCGAACACUUGUCGUUCCGGAAAAGCAUGUGGUCACUAUACUCAAGUUGUGUGGAGAAACUCUGUGUGGGUUGGAUGUGCAAAAGUCAGGUGUAACAGUGGUGGAACUUUCAUUAUUUGCAGCUAUGAUCCUCCUUCGCUUAGGGCUGGUUUUCUUGACCGAUUCUUACGAACUGACGUAAUUUUUUAACCGUUGAUUAAAAUGACUUCAAACUAUAUUAAAGUGAAAGCUAACACAAUGU